AUGGCUCUCUCUAGCUCGACCAUUGAAGGCCGCGCAACUGUCGCCUUCUGGCAGUUUCCGAUCUUGGAUGAAAUUUAUAUCAAGGAUUAUCAAAAGUCACUUGUCGUGAACGGCGUCACCGAUUACUACGACCGCAAGGAGCAGUUCGAAGCCGUAUUUGGUUACCUCUCUCCUGCCCUUGAGAAGGUCCUGUCAUUCCCAAAUCGUCAGGUUCAAUUUGAGAUCAAAGCGAUCGCUCAAGGUAAGUUUCGAAAGCUUCAUCUUAAGUCGAAAAGUACUAACACACACUCCAGAAUUUGGAAUGAUGCCCAACCAAGUUCAACCACAGAGUCCAAAGCGCCCUUGGGAUGUCUACUACGCCGACAAAGUCAUUGGCAAGCACGAGCGGGUGUGGAAGAUUGCCAAUUGCAUGGUUACCCAAUACUGUAUGUAUCCCCUCCUCCUCCUCCUCCUCAGUAAAAGUCGCUUGGUUAACACACAGAUCUCUAGUACGAGGUGGCUUUGAGUAUUCUGAGAGACUUCGUGAGAUUGUCGCCCUGUCUGGUCAAGAUUGGAUCGACGACAAAUGUGCAACUGUUCUCGCUUAUUGUCUCUUCGUUGACAUAAGCAGAGACAAUAUUCCUGAUGAAGAAACCCAAGCCCUUGGCCGUCUAUAUGAAUCACUCGAGCAGGAGAUUUCGUCUUCUGCAUCCUCAACCUCAACGUCGGGUUCUUCGUCGUCAUCAUCUGGCUCUUCUAGCGAUAGCGAAGAGAUCCAUAACUUUCGACCUUCUAAUCAACGACCCAACAUCCAUCGUGUUGAAUCUUCCUCACUUGCCGAUCGCCUCCAGGCCUUUCUUCCUAACUUGGCAGCCUCAAACGCCCAACUCGCUUCUGGUACUCAGGGUAACAACGGAUUCGAGCUUGAUCCAAAUUCCGAGGAACCACAUAUUGAAAUGAACCUCGGUCUCGGUGUUUUGGAGCAUACUACGCCUUCUGCCGCUGAGCCACUUAUUAGAGAGUUACGCAGUAUCCGAAAGCGCAAGGCAACAGACAACGGAACCGAGAGUCACGCCUUCAAAGAGUCUACGGAGCAAGAAGCUGGAACCAGAAAAAAGUUUAAACUCGCCAUCCGCCCAGCAUCUGACAGUCGCCAGUCCUCCUCUGAAUCAAGCGGCAGCACUCGGAUGGGGGGUAGGUUGGUUUUUCCUCCCUCAUCCCAAGAUACCGCAUCAAGUAAUGCAUCCAGCUCAAUUCCGCGACCAAGAAUCACACUCGGUCCUACACCAAGAAAAAUUCAGGAGGACGAGGAGUCCUUGCACAAAUCCAAGAUCAUAAUGAAGAUCCCUCACUACCUCAUCGAAAGAGUCGUCAACAGCGAGGGCAUCGUCAAAUUCAGAGUCAAAGAGAAUGUCGUCGAGGAAGCGAUGGCGCACCGUGCCGAAAUGGCAGCCAUGGCAGCUACCCGAAAGGAGAAAAAAAAGGCUGCCCGAGCGAAGCAAGCAAAGGCCACCAAAGCCGAGAAAGACAAGGCCACCGAGUCAUUUCCCGAGUUCGAUCAGGAGAUGAUUGAUGCCGCCAACUUGGAUGUCAUGGAGCAGGUCGCUAACGGCAAUGUUGAGGGAUUCGAAGUCAUUAAUUAGAGAUGGACUUUUCAUGUUAAUGUUCUAGAUGGCAAGAAAGGAUUGUCUUUUACGUCUCGGUUAAGGAUUUGUAUGUAUUGAAAAGGGAUUUUCUUCGUCAUCGUCAUAGGGAAGGAGGGAGAUGAGCUGGUUGGUUGGGUUUGUACAUAGCUCUCUCUCUCGUGAUUUCUUUCUUAAUAGGCGAUAUACCAGGCGUUUUUUGUUAUGUAGGUUAAAUUUUGAAUUUCUUGAAACAAC